AUGCCUGGGAAACAGAUAGCCGCAACUGCCCCUCGCGUCUCAUUCGGCGUCGAGCUCGAGUUCUUUGUUGCAUACGUUUUCGAAGGCAGCCCCGAUCCCGACGAGCCCAUCAAAAAUGACAUUCAGCCACUGUCUGUCGUCCCAUACGACGAAGAAUACCCAGAUAAGAGUAAACACAAGAUCCCGGACGACUGGGUUCGCGAACAAAUAAGAAAAGCGUUAAUCAAAGCCGGCCUGCCCGUCUUCGGCAGCAAAGAGAAAAUGGUCCCGGGAUCCGUCCAGGCAAGCCAUAGCGAAAAAGUCAUGUCUGCAUUCAGGAUAGUGGACGACUGCUCACUCCGCGAAUUCAGGCCUGAAAAUUACUUGAUAACGAAAGUCGAAGUGAACUCCCCCGCCAUGUACGACAUGCCAAUCUCGUUCGAUUUGAUUCGCCUAGCGGUGAGCACGAUCACGACCCAAUUUCGAUGCCGCGUGAAUCCGACCUGUGGCUUUCACGUACAUGUGGGCAACGGUCUAACCGAGAGGAUCGACCCGAGAACACUGAGAAACUUUGCCGCGUUACUGUGGGCUGCUGACCCGUUCAUCAGUAGACUCCACGCACCUUGGAGAGCGAUCACGAAGUACAGCCAGUCGGCGCGCGUCAACGGGAUCAACAGGGUGGGAGCUAACGAGGGCCCUUCUGAUUGCCUCUUGGAGCAGUUGGAGAAGGGUCGCCCGUUUGGGUUCCCCGCAAAUUGGAUGGGCAAGGUGAAGUAUCUCGGGAGGGAUCGAUGGCUUGGUGAGUCUCUGGUUGCGGAUGCUGACGAAGACAAGAUGCUGCGAGAGAUGGAGAUGUACACAGCGGACGACGUGGCCGUCUUGAAGUCGGAGCCGUGGACUCAUCGACCUCAGGUUCCCCCGCCUGUCGUAAAUAAGGGGCCUGCUUCGAACCCGACCGACGACUUCGGGGAGCCGGUGCUUGACUACGAGGCGCCUGUCCCGAGACCGGCGGACUUCGAGGAGUAUAUGUCCUCCGCGGCGGAGAAGUUCGCGCCGCCGCGGCCUCGGCCGUCACCGUUGAAGCGCAAGUACCCCCGCGUUCCCAGCACGAUGAGGCGGGACUGCCGCGAGGACCCGGACUUCCUGAAGCCGUACCUGAUGCGCUACGACGUCUAUGGCAACGACGCCGGCCCCCUCGAGAACCCGGUGCCGCGCGUGGCCCCCCAGCGGACGGACGUCAUGUCGGGCGUGCGGGACCUGCUGGCGGCGGACAUGACGUCGGCGCAGAUUGGCGAGAUGAUGCGCAACGUGAUCGGGAAGCACAUCAACUACCAGUUCGACGGGUACGCGCUCGGGUACAUGCAGACGAUCGGGGCGGUGGCGGAGCAGCGCGAGACGGGGCGGAUGUUCUUCAACGCGAAGCACGACACGGUGGAGUUCCGCGAGGCGGCGGGGACGCUGGACAUGGAGUGGAUCACGGCGUGGGCCAAGAUCUGCUGCCGGCUGCUGGAGUGGUCGCGGGACGUGGCGCCGGCGGAGUAUAUGGGCGUCAUCCGGCUGCUGGCGUGGGCGCAGGAGGAGGAGGGCGCGGAGGGGGAGUACGAUGUUGUUGACUUCUUGGUCGAUUUGGGACUGGUGGCUGAGGCGCGGGUGUGCGAGGAGAGGCUGCACAAGGGGGAUGCGGUGUUUUGGGAGUGUAUGAACUUUGAGCCUGAUCCGGUCCGGGAGGGGGCUGCGUUGCACUUGUUGGAUGAUUGGGAGACGAUUGAGGCGAAUGAGGUGGACAUGGGAGGGAUGGGGAUGGCGGAGGAGGGGUUCGGGCCGCUGAUUGGGGAGAUGGUAGGGCAGGUGCAAGGUGGGCAGGUUAAGGUGAGUGAGAGGGAACCUGAUAUUUAUGAUCCUUGA